AUGUUUAGCUGCGCUCCAAAGGAGGUAGUUCGUCUCGCUUGCAAUGACAUACAAAAGACAAGCACAAAGACACACUUGCUUGAAUCUAAUCAGCAGCACCACAUUCGAAGCACUCUGCUGUGGAGGAUGAAUGUAGGAGGGAAUUUGGAAAGAGUGUUGCAGCGAUCUGGGGGCGAAAUGCCGUCGUUCUCACUUCGGGGCCACGUCAAAUCGCGUGGUCGCACAUACGGUACAAUGACCGCCAACAUUGAAACGUUUCAGAAUCACGUGCCCAACGGAGCUGCUUUCCGAUGGAAUCGUGUCCAACAACUGACAUGUAUCGUAACUUUAGACAUCGAUGCAUCUGCAGCGUGUUCCGGGACAACUACGCUCAUGGGCUUAACAUCCAGGACGACCAUGUCUACCUUUCGCAAGCAUACGUCGCGCCCGGUGCGCCUUAUCAUCCUUCUGAUAGUAACAUACGCCUUUUGCUGGGUGAAAGGCUGGCCAAAGUACUACGACGACGAGGAACUACCCCCCAGUCAGCGUCUGCGGUCGGAAAUCUACGGUGGACCGCACGGUGUUGGACACGACCACCUCAUUGUCUCCCUCACGGCCACCGCGGUCGACGUCUACGCGAAGUUUGCACCUACAAUAAUCUUCACGGCCGAGGAAGAUCAUGGACAGCUGCUGUUGUUCUCGGAUCUGCAGAUGGAAAUCGGAAAGUGGCCUGUCUUCGACGUGCUUUGGCGGUAUCCGCAAGACUUCAUCAUGGAAGCCAAAGAACUAGGCAGGUACAGGGCACAGGUCGAUCACGCGCGGAAAAGCAUACCAGUCGAGCAAUUAAAGAAGCAAGAUGAGAAGGAGGAGAAGGACAUACAAAACAUGUUGGAGAAGUACAGGCUUUUGCAGACCAUGGCAGCUGCAUGGGAGUACCGACCAGACCGAAGCUGGUACAUCUUUGGGGGCGACGAGACUUGGAUAAAUCGCGCCAACCUUCGAGACUGGCUCAGUCAAUACGAUCCCAAAUCGAUGCACUUCUUCUCCAACCCACCCAAUGUCGAGCUGCCAGAGCCUUUCGCAGCUGGAGGCACCGCCAUCAUACUGUCAGAAAAGGUCAUGCAUGAGCUCUUCAGCAAAGAUAGCAAGAGACACAAAGACUUGAUUAAAAGAUGGCAAGGUCGCAUUGUCGAUCAUUGGUCGGCUUUUGACCUGAUAUUCAAUCUGCUAAAGGAGGAACUCAAGGUCGAGUUGGAGAGCGCGUGGCCUAUAAUUUCUGGCUUCGACCCAACCAAUAUACCAUGGUCGUCAGCCAUAUGGUGCGAGCCAGUAGCGAUCCUGCAUCACAUCACCCCCGACAUGGCAAGUGAUCUGUGGAAACUGGAAAAGGAGCGUAGCGAAAACCAUCUUUCCAGCGCACCCUUGCGAAUGGCAGAUCUGUGGCUACGCUUCAUGCUCCCUGAAAAUCUUGACCAUCCGCGCAAAUACUGGGACAACCUCUCGUCUGAAUCAUCGAAUUCACGGUGGAAUAUCCUUUUCGAAGGCGACAAGCCUGACAGCGGCCGAGCAAAGAGCGGGGAAGAGUCUCCAGAAGCGUGCGCAAAGGCAUGUGAUGAGAAUGAGUUUUGCGUGCAAUGGUCGUAUUCAUCACUCCCGCAGCCAAAUUGGAAUGCGAACCCGCCGACAAAAUGCCACCUUAGCAGCAGCAUGAGAUAUGGAUCUUACAAGCCGCCACAGGAGUUGAACAAUGAAGGCGAGCAGUCCAAACUGAUCUGGAUGACAUCGAUGCAAAGCGCAACAUCAGCGGUAGUCUUCUUCAUCGGUUUUUUUGCUUCUCCCUUAGCGAUUCAGCGCAACUCAUUCAUCGUCAACUCUCGCCCUCGUUUUCAUUUUUCCCUUGGCGCUUCACAAUCUCCCGACAUUAGUGGCUCUACUCCUCCAAAGACCGAGAGUCCUGAUGAUCUACCACCUGCGACGAAAGAAACAAUAUCGACAGCCUCAGCUUCGCCUCUGCCAGGCCAUACAACCGAAAUGUUUAAUUUCCAGUCGCAAGCGACUUCACCGUCCAGCACACUGUACACGACAUGCAGUCUCAGGGACGACUCGGGCACAAUUACAGCGCCUCAAAGAGUCACGAGAUCGAUUUGCGAACAAGCAGCAAACCGUCUAUAA